AUGCCUUCCUCCUCCGCACAUCGCAGCUCCCGAAGCCAUGGUCCUGGGCUUCCCAAUGGGCCCUACGUGCGUUGUACCCACUAUCCAUCCCACUUCACCCCCUAUCAACCGACUUCCCCGCUGGUGCACCUACCGCACCUUUACCGCCGCACCCUCGUGAGGGGAAAUACAAAGGCAGCGCCGGUGGUGGCGGGAAGCCCGAUGGGACCGCCCCAGGGCCCGGGGCCCCAGGUCCUGCGGCUGGGACCCCGGCCGAAGGCGACGGCAGCAGAAGCGGUCCGUUUCAAGAGGUGUACGGCGGUGUUCUACAUCCCACCACUCACUGGCACGGAGCUACAAGCCAAACUGGACAACAAGUACGUACUUGCCGUAUUAUGUCGUGCCGUACUAUACUCGUACUAUGUUGUGUUGUGUCGUACCAGGCCCUCCGCUCCUAGGUGGUGGUGUCCUCGUCGUACAUCUUCCUGGUUCCGGUUGUGGGUCAACCUGGAGUCCGUACUGCCCUGGGCGUUCCCUUGCUUCGCCGACAACAUGAGACUUGUCCCCGGGUACCCGGGCGAUUCGGGGGCCGUGUCACCGCCGGGUGUGGAGGUGCGGCUGGGUCCCACCUUGGAGUCCCCUCGCGGUGACCCGCGGGUCGCUGAGGGACCCUGGAGUUCCGUUGUACGGGAGCUACGGCAGAGGGGCUGGACGGACGAGCUACUGUACACACACGCGUACGAUUGGAGGCUGAGCCCCCCCGAGUGGUCUCGGGCGGGUGGCAGCUUCCAGCAGCUGCACCGGGACAUCACCACCGCGGUGGCGGCCAGCGGGGGCCGGCGGGUGGUGCUGUUGGGCCUCAGUCUGGGGGCCAGCUACGCGGUCAGCUUCCUCACCUCCCCCCUCGUGGACCCGACGUGGCGGGAGAAGCACAUCGGGCGGCUGGUCACCAUGUCGGGUGUCUGGACCGGCACUCCUCGCGCCACCUGGGACGUGCUAUCGGGCCGUCUGGAGGGGCUGGAGGCGGUGUUGGACCGGGGGGCCGCCCUGCAGCUGCUGAGGGGGCUGCCCGCGCUGACCUGGGCCUUCCCCUCACCGCCUCCGGGUGUGGGGCCGGGGGAGGCGGGUGGACCAGCCGUCAUCACCAACACGGCACGAGGGGGGAGGAGCUACGGGCCCGCACAGCUAGGCCAGGCGCUGGGGGACGCGGGGGCUGAGGAGACAGCAGCCUUCUGGGAGGCCGCGCUGCCGUACACCCUCACCUCGCCCCCCAACGUCCCCACGCACUGCUUCUAUAGCUAUGGUCUGCGAUGUGCAGUACAUGUAACGUACAACACUGCCGACUUCAGCGACACGCAACCUGCCGUACGGUACGACGAUGGCGACGUGACGGUACCGCACGCCAGCCUUGCAGCAUGCCGCGGCUGGGCAGUACGGCAGAUGGCACCCGUACGCUCGUACAGCUACUUUGGGGUUGUCCAUGGUAUGCUAACGUCGGUGCCGGAAGCACUGCACGACAUCGUGGAGGCAAUAGCGAGUGAGGCGGCGUAG